UCGCGCUUUUCUCUCCUUCUCCAAGAUGGCGGCGGUCGGCGGCGCCAAGGCGGGAUCCGGGCGAGCGGAGUGAAGACCUGGCCCUGUGGAUGGGAAGGAGCCUGGACACAGUGACACAAUCUCAAAGACCCUGCAGAAUCCACCAUGGCUUAUGAUGACUCCAUGAAGAAAGAAGAUUGCUUUGAUGGUGAUCACAGCUUCGAUGACGUAGGACUUGCUGCUGGUCGAAGCCAACGAGAAAAGAAACGCUCUUACAAAGACUUCUUGAGGGAAGAGGAAGAAAUCGCUGCUCAGGUCAGGAAUUCUUCCAAGAAGAAGUUAAAGGAUAGUGAGCUUUACUUCUUGGGCACGGACACACACAAGAAGAAGAGGAAGCACUCCUCUGAUGAUUACUACUAUGGAGACAUUUCGUCUUUGGAAUCAUCACAGAAGAAAAAGAAAAAGUCCAGUCCACCACCUGCCGAUACAGCUAUGGACCUGUUGAAAGCUAUCACUUCCCCCCUGGCCACGGGCUCCAAGCCCCCCAAAAAGGCAGGGGAGAAGUCCUCAAGCUCCUCCAGCCAUUCAGAAAGUAAAAAGGAACACCACAGGAAGAAGGGCAGUGGAAGCAGUGGGGAGCUCUCCCUGGAGGACAGCAGUACCCACAAAUCCAAAAAAAUGAAGCCGCUCUACGUGAACACAGAAACAUUGACCCUUCGGGAGCCCGACGGCUUGAAGAUGAAACUUAUUCUAUCACCAAAGGAGAAGGGAAGUGGCUCGGUUGAGGAGGAGUCCUUUCAGUACCCUUCCCAACAAGCAGCCGUGAAGAAAUCCUCCAAGAAAUCAGCUCGGGAUGAGCAAGGUGCUUUACUCCUAGGACACGAGUUACAGAGCUUUCUGAAAACAGCCCGGAAAAAGCACAAGUCAUCCUCAGACCCACAUUCGUCUCCUGGCCCUGAAGGCUGUGCGUCUGAUGCUUCGCAGUUUGCAGAACCCCAAAGCGCUAACCUUGACCUUUCAGGGCUUGAGCCUAUUCUAGUAGAAUCAGACUCAUCCUCUGGUGGGGAGCUAGAGGCCGGUGAAUUAGUGAUAGAUGAUUCUUACCGGGAAAUCAAGAAGAAAAAGAAGUCAAAGAAGAGCAAAAAGAAGAAGGACAAGGAGAAGCAUAAAGAGAGGCGACACUCCAAGUCCAAGAGAAGUUCAGGACUGUCGUCCUCAGCAGCAGCAGGGGAGGCCCCCAUGAGCGCUGGCCCUCCCCCCAGCCUCCCAUACACUGGAGCCUCCGCCCCCGCCCCCACCCCUGCCCCUCCUGCCCUCCACAUGGAUGGACAUGGCGAGAAAAAAAAGAAAAAAGAAGAGAGGGACCGAGAGAGAGAGCGAGGAGAAAAGCCAAAAAAGAAGAACAUGUCCGCCUACCAAGUGUUCUGUAAAGAGUACCGCGUGACCAUUGUGGCUGACCAUCCUGGCAUAGAUUUUGGGGAGCUUAGUAAAAAACUGGCUGAGGUGUGGAAGCAGUUGCCAGAAAAGGACAAGCUGAUUUGGAAGCAAAAGGCCCAGUACCUGCAGCACAAACAGAACAAAGCCGAGGCUACAACUGUGAAAAGAAAAGCAUCAGGUCCAGAGGGCUGCAUGAAAGUCAGAGCUUCCUCUGUGGGAGUCCUGUCACCUCCAAAGAAGUCCCCCCCUACCACCAUGCUGCUUCCAGCCUCGCCCGCCAAAGCCCCUGAGACAGAGCCCAUCGACGUGGCCGCGCACCUCCAGCUGCUGGGCGAGUCCCUCAGCCUCAUUGGACACCGCCUGCAGGAGACAGAGGGCAUGGUGGCAGUUUCCGGCAGUUUGUCAGUGCUUCUGGACUCCAUUAUCUGUGCUCUUGGUCCCUUGGCAUGUCUGACCACACAACUACCUGAACUGAAUGGCUGUCCCAAACAGGUCCUGUCGAACACACUAGACAACAUUGCCUACAUCAUGCCCGGACUGUGACAGGCAGCUGCCCGGGACAGGCCCUUCUCUGCCCCAUUGCUGGUUUGCGUAGACAUGACUGUUCAGACCCCUCCGCUGGCCCCUUCGUCUGGGUAUAGGUUUUAAAGUUUUUUAUCUAUACAUAUGUGUAUAAUAAUGUACAGUAUAUACAUAGGACUGUAACUACUUUGCUUUUAAUAAUUUUAUGGAAGGGCAAAGGUUUAGCCACAAGGAAACUUUGGCAUGAACGUGGGCUUGGGUUCUUUAUUCUCUUGUGGAUAAAUCUGCCUUAAAAAAAAAAAAAUCAGUGUAAGGGGCCUAGGGACUUGUUCUGGGUGCACACGCAUCUCUUUAUAGACAGCAAAAAUGCGAUUUUUGUUUGUUUCCAAACUCAGUUGUACCUCCAGACCCAUCACUGACCAUUUGCCUUACCUGUCUUACAGUCAGAAAUGUA